AUGUCCCCAACGCUGCAUCUCCUGUGGGUUCUGCUAGCCCAUUUACCAGGUGACGUUAUCCACGCGGCCCCAGUGCUCAAUCAGACCCCAAUGACCGGACCUGGUUCCGCUGGACAAACCGUCCGGUUAGAGUGUCGGAUACAGAACGGUAAUGUUGGCAGUUACCGCAUGAACUGGUACCGACAACGUCCCGGGGAGAGACCGCAGUUGGUGUUAGAACAUCAGACGGACAAUGAUAUAUACCGAGGGCCAGGUAUUACAAACCGUUUUCAACCGUCCAGAGAUACUUCCAGCAACAGUCACAUCCUGACCAUCAGCCGUUUGGAGUCCGGGGACUCCGCUGUCUAUUACUGUGCAGCGUGGGAUAGUGGAGUUAUCAUCGGUCCAGGCACCAUCCUGGAUAGUAAGAGUAGUGAGUCCCGGGAGCCCACAGUUCUGCUGCUCCCCACCCCCUCUCCGGAUGAGACCGACUCGGGUUCUGCCACUCUCUCCUUUCUGAUGAGUGGUUUUAAGCCGGGCUUAGUAGCGCUGCGCUGGACCGUGGAUGGAGUCGAGACGGAAAGCGGGGUGACGACAGGCGCCGUGUUCCUGGACACCGACCAGAUCUACAGACUGAGUAGUUACCUGCGGGUUCCCGCCGCUGCCUGGAACAAGGGCUCGAGCUAUUCCUGCAGCGUGAGCCACAGCUCGCUGAGCUCGCCGCUGCUCAACACCAUCUCCUCGUCCGCCUGUGCGCAGUGA